AUGAAUGAAAUAUGGAUCCAUCUCUAUGAUUCUGAGGGUAAAGUCCAGUCGAAGCAAUGGAAGCAUGAUAACUCACCACCUCCAAAGAAGUCUCGUGACCAACCCUCAGCAGGCAAGAUACUGCCUGUAGUCUUUUGGGACCAUCGCCGUGUAGUGAUGAUUAAUUUUCUGGUAAAGGAGACCACAAUUAACGGGGCAUAUCAUGCUACUGUGCUGCACAAAUUGCAGGACGCCAUCGAAGCAGGGAGGCGUGUCAUGCUGACCAAACGAGUCCACCUCAACCAAGACGACGGCCAAGUUCACGAUGCGGGUGUUGUCCAGCUAUGUUGCCGCUAUGAAAUCCUUAUUCAUCCCCGUUACCCCGAACUUGCACUAUUUGACUUCCACCUCUUUCCAACCAUGAAUUCUUUUUUGAAAGGGAAGCACUUUUCGGACGAUGACGAACUUGUUUCCGAGGUGAAGUCUUGGCUCCAGACACAACCUGCCGAUUUCUACAGACGAGAUUUUCACAGCUGCAUAAAGCGAUGGUAG